UGCUGCGCCCAUUCACAGCAUCCACUGGCGGAUGAAUGAUAAACACCCAGGGAUAAAGAAACGCUUGUUUAUUUCUGAAUGACUUUGUUUUGAUGGGAUUUAUGUGGAUGAUGAUAACGCUACGCCACGCUAGAGAGAUAUACGCAUCUGCCAGAUGGACUUUAAAUCCAGAGUAAACGACCCGUCCGUGGGAUUUUCCCACUUAAACCGCUAAUGCACUGCGUGUCAUAAUAACUUCAUAUACCACCAGAAAGUGAAUAACAAGGGGAGUUACCAACCGCAGGACACAACAGACGGAGACGUAAGGGGCUAAAUCAACUCAAAACAACAAGCUUUUUCUUCUUCUUUAUAAUAAGUGGAUACACUCGAAAGGAGACAAAACGCACAGAAGGUUGUAGCCAACUAAAAUGGAGGAUAGUUUUGAUUGUGACUGUGGUGAGCUGGAGCCACCCGAUCAUUGAGGGUGUCUCAUUUCUGUGAAGACUUAACGGCCAGACUGUACUGUUUUGUUUCGAUUUGGUGACGACUUAGGAGAAAAAAAAAAGAGAUUCUAAAAGUGCGUUUUGGCACAUAUGUAGCUGCUCAGGACCAGUAAAUACACUGAAUGUAUCAGCAUUGUGAGGAUGCUAUUUACUACGUGAACUCUAGUUUAAGUGCAUUUUAAUUGGCCUGCUAGUCCAUUCCGUUGAAUUCAAAUAGUUCGAGGCUAGGCUUUAAACAAUUGUCUUGGAUUCCAAUUUUAAGUUAUUUCAACUUUCCUAGAGAAAAUGGGGAGUAGGUACAUCUACAUGUUGUUGUUCAGCAUUUGACAGCGAGACGUGGGUGGAGGGAGACUUGGGAGCUGUCUGCUCUGGGUUUAGUCAGGUCAGCCUGAGAGGCCGUGAGAGAUCUAAAUUUGUCUUUUGGUGUCAACAUUUGGCUAAAGGAGGCUCCAGACCAAAACGUUAAGUACAGAAGCUUGGUGGCUCAAGUAGAUUAUCCAACAUGGCGGAGAAGUUUGAGUCCCUGAUGAACAUACAUGGUUUCGACCUGGGUUCCCGCUACAUGGACUUAAAGCCUUUGGGCUAUGGAGGGAACGGUUUAGUGUUCUCUGCGGUUGACACCGACUGCGACAAGCGUGUGGCGGUGAAGAAAAUCAUCUUGACUGACCCCCAGAGUGUCAAGCACGCCCUCCGGGAGAUUAAGAUCAUCAGACGGCUGGAUCAUGACAACAUUGUGAAGGUGUUUGAGACUCUAGGCCCCAAUGGUCGCAGGCUAACGGAGGAUGUGGUUUCCCUGACUGAGGUCAACUCGGUGUACAUUGUGCAGGAGUACAUGGAGACAGACUUGUGUCAGCUCCUGGACCGUGGUCUCCUCUCCGAGGGCCAUGCCAGACUCUUCAUGUACCAGCUCCUUAGGGGUCUCAAGUACAUCCACUCUGCCAAUGUGCUCCACCGGGACCUCAAACCCGCCAACCUGUUCGUCAACACAGAAGAUCUGGUGCUGAAGAUUGGGGACUUUGGUCUUGCCCGCAUUAUGGACCCUCACUACUCACACAAGGGUCAUCUCUCCGAAGGUCUUGUGACCAAGUGGUACCGGUCUCCCCGUCUGCUGCUCUCACCCAACAACUAUACCAAAGCGAUUGACAUGUGGGCGGCAGGCUGCAUCUUUGCUGAGAUGCUCACAGGAAAAACCCUCUUUGCAGGGGCCCAUGAGUUGGAGCAAAUGCAGCUAAUCCUGGAGUCCAUUCCUGUGCUGAGAGAAGAGGACCGGCAGGAGCUCCACAGCGUCAUACCCGUGUUCAUCAGGAACGACAUGUCCGUGCCACAGACUCCGCUGGCCAAGCUGCUGCCUGACGUCAGCCCUCAAGCCCUGGACUUCCUGGAGAAGAUCCUGACCUUUAACCCCAUGGACCGCUUGACUGCAGAAGAGGCGCUGGCUCACCCCUACAUGGCGGACUACUCCUUCCCUCUGGAUGAGCCCAUCUCUCUGCACCCCUUCCACAUUGAGGAUGAAGUGGACGACAUCCUGCUCAUGGACCAGAGCCACAGCCACACCUGGGACAGGUUCCAUGAGAGCCAGCUGUCUGAGGCUGACUGGCACCUGCACAGCACCCAUGACCCAGAAGAGGUUCAGGUGGACCCACGCGCCCUGUCCGACGUGACCGAUGAGGAGGUGGUCCAGGUCGACCCUCGUAAGUUUGUGGACGGAGAUCGGGAGAAGUUGUUGGGCGAUCCGUCCCUCGACUACUCGAUGGAGCGCUCCUGGGCGGACGACUACCACGAGAACAAGUACUGCGACUCGCAGUGCAGCCACACGUGUAACUACAAAGCCGUGUCACCGUCCUACCUGGACAACCUCAUCUGGAGGGACAGCGAGGUCAACCACUACUACGAGCCCAAACUCAUCAUCGACCUCUCCAACUGGAAGGAGCAGCAGAGCAAGGAGAAGGCCGACCGCAAGGCCAAGAGCAAGUGUGAGAAGAACGGCUUGGUGAAGGCCCAGAUGGCCCUGCAGGAGGCCGAGAAGACCCAGUGUCCGGCGGAGAAGGACAAAGAGCAGGAGAAACACCAAGUGCAGCCUCAGAGUCAGCAAGGCUUUGACUUUGACUCGUUCAUCGCAAGCACCAUCAAACUGAGCCUGCAGCCGGAGCCCUGUCAGGAGGUGGGCCUGAGCCAGGUUGGCCUCCUGAAUGAGCUCAACUCCUCAGUGUCUCACCUGGAGACCGGACGCUCCGGCUCCAAGUCCAUCAGCCAGGAGAAGGAGGAGAAGUGCUUGGUGAACUUGGCGCAACUGGGUGGCGGCGGGGGGCUGGGAGUGGUGGGUCCCGACAGCGCCUGGCCCGUCCACCCUUGGGAGAGCUUCGGGGAGCAAGUCGGGGAGAACGGCUGUUUGAUAGACGAGGCUUGCUGGGACAUUCGCGGCGACGACCCCCUGCAGAAGGAGAGCACUUACACCAGCUACCUGGACCGGCUGUUCAGCCGGAAGGAGGAGGUGGUGUCGGAGGGCGUGGCCUGCCCGCAGCUGGAGCCCUCGGAGGUGAUGGAGAGAGAUUUGAGCGAGGGCUUCCUCUCCACAGGCACAGAGAUCGUCCUCAACGUGCAGCUGGACUCUCUGGCCCUGCCGGGCUUCGGCAGCUCGGAUGACUUGCCUCUGAAGUCCAUCCAGGCGUCCCUCACCCCCUGCGCUGUCAAAUGCUCCCCACAGAUUGCACACAAAACCUACAGCAGCAUCUUCAAGCAUCUUAACUGAAGUUGAUCUCCAUCAAAGUGCAAAUCCUUGACGUUUUUUUAAAGGUUUGUUAUUGUACUUGAACCAUUUCAUACUUUUUUUUUUUUUU